AUGGCCGCCGUCGUCGCGUCCUCGUCCUCCAUCAGUCACUUAACCUGGAGCCAAGCCCUCGUCCUCCUCGAGUCGCCCUCGCCAAACGGCGUCCCCCCCUCUGCCGCGACCUUCCUCCGCUCUCACCUCGACCAGCUCCAGCGCCCGCACGACCCUUUCCCGCCCAGCCACCAGAGCAAGACCCAGCUCUCGUCCGGCUCCCUCACCGUCGCCAGCCGCCAGCUCGACGUCUCGAAACCCGACCAGCAGCUCGCCCUUGACGUCGCAACCCGCUUCUCGUGCGACGAGCUCGAGGCGUACCACGCACUGCGCCAUGCGCGCCGCGCCAAGGGCACACACCCGGACAAGCUCGCUGAGGACGAGUGGGACCGCAUCACGGCCUGGCUCUUCGAGGAACGCAUGGCCGUCCUCGCCGUCGUCGCCCUCUUGUUGCGCAGCUACGACGACCCGGCUCACGCCUGCUACGAGCUCGCACUCGAGCUCGUCCCCGAGAUCGUCACGCCCUCCUUCACCUCGUCCCUCCUCGCCGCCUUCACCCGCCGCACGUCGCAGCACCUCCCCGACGCCGUCCGCCCCUCGCGCACCCACUCGGCCUUCUGGACCAAGCAGCUCGUGCGCGAGCAAAAGACGCUCCUCGAGCUCGUCUUCCUCGCCUACUACUCGCCGCGCCCGGCCGACGGCCUCGAGCUCGCGCGCGUCCUCGAGGCCAUCCAGGCGACCGAGUUUGGCCAGCGGCAAGAGCUGUUCGGCCACUUUGACGCCGAGGCGCAGGGCGUCGUGCGCGAGAUCGGCGACCUCUUGACCGUCGUCGCUCUCGAGGCGUGCAACCUCGAGCAGGCCAUGGAGGCCGAGUACCCGAUCGGCGCGCCGGGCGAGGCCGUCGUCGACCCGUCGAGCGUGUACCACCCGUCCAACCUCGUCAAGGUGACCGAGCUCGUCGAGGCCCUCGCCGGCGCCGCGCGCGCGUCGCCCAUCCUCCUCGCGUGGGCGUUCCUCCUGUCCAAGGUCACGGCGUCGCUCCUCGAGCGCGGCGUCCCCGAGGCGUACCACGACUUUGCCGAGCAGUCGCUGCGCGUCGAGGCGCCGUCGAGCUCGUCGCGCUCGUCGACGCAGCCCCUGUUCCAGCUGUACGCCGCGCACGCCCUGUCGCCUGCGUCGGCCUUCUUCCCCGUCCUCCUGUCGAUCCUCCGCUCGCCCCUCCUCGGCCACUCGGCGCAGCGCGAGUCGUUCUCGGCCGCCGCCAACCACGAGCCGAACGCGAUCGGGUACCUCUCGGUCCUGCGCGGCCUCGUCACGGCCAUCCCGAACCUCGUCCGCCUCCCGUACCUGUCGUCGACCCAACUCUCGGCCCUGUACGACGCCUACGCCGCCCUGUACGGCAACGCGUCGUCGGCCGUCCUGUGCGCCCAGUUCUGGAACGACCAGGCCGUCCUCAACGCGGCUCUCGACGGCGCCGACGACGACGAGUCGAGCAUGCUCGUCGAGCGCACGGCCCAGAGCGCCGGCGAGAACGACAUUGUCGACCUCGCGCGCUCGAGGUUCCCGCUCCAGUUCGGCGGCCUGACGCAGCUCGUGCGCGCCCUGUGCGCCGGCGCCGCGGGCCUCGUCCCCACCGAGCACCCGGGCGGCGGCAGCCCGGCCGCGUCGAGCGACGACGAGCUCCUCGCGGCGCGGUGCGCCCAGAGCACGUUCGCAUACCUCGCGACGCUCCCGAGCCUGACGCACGUCGUCCCCUCGGCAUCGGUCCCGGGCGUCGGCGCCGCCGCGCCGCUCCCGUACGAGGUGGCGGCGUACCCGGAUCCCGACACGGGCUACGCCUACCGCGCGACGAGGCCGAUCGGCGUCAGUCGCAGCGUCGCGAUCCCGGUCGGCGCCCAGGGCCGCCUCGUGUCGCAGCAGGGGACCAAGCCCGUCGUCGUCGCGUGGGACGUCGAGUGGUCCGCCUGGCGCCUGUUUGCCGACGUCCUCGAGGACUACGCGGGCGUCAAGGGCCGGGCAGGGGCUGGAGGAGGAGCGGGCGCGAGGAGGGACGUGUUCGGGAGCAAGGAGGCGCAGACGGACGGGCUUCCGAUGGAGUGGGACAGCGAGGACGAGCACGACCGCGACGUGACGGCCGUCCUCGACAUCUUGCGCAUCACGCUCCACAGCGACCACUCGCUCGCCGUCGCCCUCAUCGACCACCUCGCGACCGCGCCCGGCCGCCUCGCCGAGUCGGCCGACCCGGCCUCGGCGCGCAACAGCUUCGUCGAGGUCCUGUUCCGCAUCCUCGAGCGCUCGCUCGCGCCCAACCUCGACCGCCCGCCGCCGACCGCCCUCGUCAGCUCGCUCCUCGGCCUCAUCGCCGCCCUCCUCCCGUCGUUCCCGGGCGUCAUCUGGACCUACCUGCGCGGCUCGGCCCUCCUGUUCCCGUCGACCAAGGCGUCGUCCAACUCGGCGAGCGAAUUCGGCUACGGCGCCGGCGCAGCCGGCCUCGCCUCGUCGUCGUCGUCGUCGGUGCGCCCGCAGGUCCUCCACGCCGAGCGCCUCUCGGGCCAGUACCCGGUCACGCUCGCCCUCCUGUCGCUCGUGCACGCCCUCGUCCUCGAGGAGCAGGUCGCCGCGUGCGUCACGCGCAGCGACUUUCGCGAGACCAAGCACGGCGUCCUCGUGCGCGCCCUCGCGUGGGUGCGCGACACGGUGUGGCUGAGCUUUAGCGCGUGGCGCUUCGCGAGCCUCGUCGAGAAGUACGAGCUCGCGCGCCGGUGCACGUCCGUGUUCAAGCUCGUCCUCGAGGAGUCGGCCGUCGCCGCCUCGACCGCGUCGUCGUCGUCGAGCCAGGUCGUCCAGGUCGUCACCGACGCGUUCGUCGGCCCCAAGGCGACCGUCGCCCAGCUGUCGCCCGUCCUGUCGACGCUCGCAUCGGGCCCGGACGCCAUCCUCCUCCUGCGCAAGGCCAGCCGGUUCGCCGACGCUCAGGCCCUCGAGGACCUCGUGCGCUCGUCGCUCAACCUCGUCCUCGGCCUGUUGCGCCUUCGUCGCCGCACCAAGGGCACCUCGUCGUCGCUCCUCGAGAAGCUGUGCCUGUCGCCGGCCGGCAGCGCGUCGUACGCCGUCACGGCCGGGUCGGCCCACGGGUUCGCGGCAGAGCUCGACGGCGGCAGCAGCGAGGGCCGGCCCGCACGCAGGCCCGAGCUCCUCGAGUCGCUCGUGCGGUUCGUCGUCGCCCCUCUCGACGGCGCCCUCGCCGUGCAGGCGGCGCGCAUUGUCGCGCUCUUGUGCCUGUCGACGGCGGCGAGCGAGACGGCGCCGGCGAGCAUGACGGCGCUCUUCGGCGGCAGCGAGGGCCUCGAGCGCCUGUUGACGGCGCUCCUCGCCGUUGUCGAGGACCACCUGGCGGCGCAAGAGGUGCAAGUCGCGAUCUGGGACCUCCUGUCGGCCAUCGUCGACUCGCAACCUGGGCUCGGCAUGCUCCUCGUCACGGGCCGCUCGUCGCCGUUCUCGAUCGACGACCUCGUCCCGGCGCCGCCCAAGGACGACAAGGGCAAGGCGCGCGAGCUCAACGACGCCGAGAAGGCGGCGCAGGAGCUCGCCAAGUCGCUCGCGCCGUCUGCGCCCAAGCCGCUGUCGCGCACGGCCGUCGGCGUCGCCUUGUCGACCCUCGGCACCUGGAGCAGCAUCUGGUCCGAGCGGCCGGCGCUCCUCGCGUCGGUCCUGCGCUUCUUCGACUUUGCGUGGCAGCACCUCGUCGAGUACGGCCCUGCGCUCGACGACUUUCGCGCUCGCACGUCGACCUGGGAGGCGUUCGUCAAGAUCGCGUGCGAGAACCCGGGCUCCGAGCCGCACGACGAGGUCGGCGUCGUCGAGUACUGCCACCGCGUGACGGCUCGCGCUCACGCGGCGCGCAUCCUCGCGCUCGACGUCCAGGCUGCGCUCGCCAAGCCCAAAGCCGAGGACGCCCCGAGCGUCAAGGCGUUCUUUGCCGCGUUCCGCGAUCCUGCCCAGGUCGCCGCCGCGCUCACGUCGGCCAUGGCGUCGUCGUGCGCGCCCGAGCUCCACCAGGGCAUCUACGAGCUCGUGCACGCGACGUUCCCGGGCCUCGACCUCGACGCGCUGCGCAACGCGCCGUCGACCCACCCGCUCGACGAGGCGCGCGAGUUCGGGUCCGAGUACCUGUACGCGCUCGCGCUCGUCCGCCGACGGCUCGACGGCUUUGUCGCCGACGCCGACAGCGCCGUCGACGGCGAUGCACUCGCCGACGUCGUCGCCCAGACGGCCCAGCUCAACCGCAACUUUUCGCUCCUCGAGGCGCAGAUCCUCGACACGCGCUCGUGGCGGCAGCUCCUCGAGACCGUCUCGCCGCUCGUCCGCAAGGAAACGGCGACGCCGUCGACGUCGGCGGUCGGCCUCGUCGCAGAGGAGAUCGCGCGCGAGACUCGCGGCGGCCAGAUCAUGACGACGGUCCAGGCCGAGCGGUUGUCGAUCCUCCUCACGCUCGUGCAGGCCCUCGGGACCGUCGAGCCCGCCAAGGCCAAGGCGCCCCUCGUCGAGCUCGUCGUCAACCUCGCCGCCAUGUUCGCGAGCGAGACGCUCCAGCCGCUCGAGUCGGUCGCCGGGCGCGAGACGCCGCCCGUUCACGUCGCCCUGUUCCGCGCCACUUUCCUCGCCUUCCGACAGCUCGAGGUGUGCGUGCCGACAGCCGAGGCGGCGACCAAGGCGCUCGAGGACGAGCAGCGCGCUCGGGUCGCGGCGGCGACCGAGGCCAUCCUGCGCGACGUCCUGACGGCGACGCGCGACCUCCUUGUACUCGCCCGAGCGCGCAAGGACGUCGACAUCGAGCAAGACAUCGCGCUCGCCGUCGCCGUCGUCUCGCAGGUCCUCAAGUCAGCGUUCGCCCCUCCCGCCGCCGUCUGGCUCGCCCACGUCCACGCGCUCGACCUCUUCCGAUGCGCGUUCGACGUCUUUGUCCACAUGGACCAGCUCGAGCCGGGUCAGCCGCUGUACGCGCAGCACGUCCUCGACCUGUGCCUCGCCAUCGCGACGUCGUCGCCCAGAGCGGCCGAGCAGCUCCCGCUCGAGGGCGCCAUGACGGCCCUGACCAACAACGCCCUGACGGCGGCGGCCGAGGCCGGCGCGAUCGCGCUCGUGUCGCCGACAGACGCGUCGAGGACGCCACAGCACGAGCUGUGGACGUCGAUGCUCGCCCUCGUCGUCGCGCUCGUCGCCGCCCUCGGCGAGUCGACCCGGUUCGUCGAGCAGGACGUGACGGGCUUCGUGCGCCUGUAUGGCCAGCAGGUCGUGCGCGCCCUCAGCUGGACGUCGAGCACGCCUGUGACGGCUGCCGGGCUCGAGGAGCUGUCCGCCGUCGUCGCCCUCAUGCACGGCAUCGCGAGGAGCAGCACGACGCUCGGCGUCUCGCCCUCGUCGCCCGUCGUCGCCGUCGCCAGCGUCUUUGUCGAGCAGAGCCUGCACCUCCUGCAGCACCUCGUCUACGCCCUCCUCCACCCGAACCACCUCGCGGCGCUCGUCGAGGGCCUGACGCCGGCCGAGCGAGGGUACCUCGAGAAGGAGGCGGCCGAGCAGGACGUCGACAAGCGGCCCGUCGCGCAGGCCGUCACGCUCAAGGUCGUCCAGCUCGCGAGGGACCUCGUCGGCGCGCUCGUCGAGUUUGCCGACGCGUGGUCGACCCUCCUCAAGGACCCGAUGGAUUGGCGGUCUGAGCGGGCCGUCGUUCUCCCUACGGCAACGGUCACUGCGGGCGACAAGGCGUCGCUCGGCACCCUCUUCGACCUGAGCACCUUCUGCAUCGACGCGCUCCGCUCCCCACCGACAACCUCGCCCGCACCCUCUCUCCCCUCGUCCUCGCCCUUCCCCUCUCUCCCUCCAGCCUCGCAGCCCGUCCUGCGUGCCGCGUGCGCCGAGACGCUCGAGGCGUGCCUGCUCCUGUCGGCGACGCAGCUCGCGCUGCACGCGCAGCAGCAGGGCGGCGCGUCGCGCGCGCUUCACGAGCUCGGUGGAGAAGUGGUCGAGCUGGUCGACAAGGCGGUGGCGCUGAGCGGGCCCGGGUCGGCCAAGGACGACGAGCGGAACCGCAAGGCGCUGCUCGAGGUGGUGAGGAGGAAGUUGGGCACGUGGGUCUAGCGCGUCGCGUGCAAGUCUGUUCUGCAGCGGCC